UGUACGUCACCGUUGCUGUUCCUUUCAUCCUCGUAACCGUCUUCCUCAUCCGGGGAUGUCUACUUCCGGGUUCCUUGGAAGGAAUGUAUUACUACAUCUUCCCCAAGUUUGAGAAACUUACAGACCCUUAUAUGUGGGUUCAAUCCUGCAGCUUCUCCCUGUAUACAAUGGGUAUUGGCAUGGGAUGCAUCAUCACUAUGUCUGGACACAACAGGCUGAAGAACAACUGUUUCAGGGAUGCAAUACUAGUUUGCCUGAUGGACUGUUUCGCCAGCAUCUUUAUCGGCUUUGCCUUCUUUGCCUGCGUAGGCCACGUUGCCUACUUACGUGGUGUAAAGGUAGAUGCCUUCGAGUCAUCGGGAUACAACCUUGCAUUUAUAGUAUACCCCGAUGUCCUUUCUUCCCUCCCGAUGCCCCAGUUGUGGUCUGUGUUGACGUUUGUCACAAUGAUGACACUGGCUAUAGAUUCUAUGGUCCCAAGCAUCGAACUGAUCGUAGCUGCGAUAGAGGACCUGCUUCCCCAACUCACAAAGCGACACUGGCUGGUUAACGCUGCAGUAAUCCUUAGUCUGCUGCUGUUCAGUCUAAUUUAUGUGUUCCAAGUAAGUUUAACUCCCCCAUUGCUCAUGACACCAGUAACAGGACUGAUAAGACCAGAUUCGAUUAUUCACUAA